AUGGAUGUCAUCGACCAUCGUAUCAAAGCCUAUCGGUUCGUUGCCUAUGCAGCUGUGGGAUUUUCAGUAGUAGCCGUACUUUCGGUCUGUGUUACGCUACCGAUAGUAUACAACUAUGUGCACUACGUGAGGAAGUCACUUCAUAAGGACGCAUCGUUGUGUAAGAUAUCAACGAAUUCUAUUUGGAGUGACGUGGUCAAUUUGAAACAAGCCCAUUUCGGCAACAGAACCACGCGUCAGGCUAAUUAUGAGGAGAUAGAGAACGGAGGAUGCGAAUCCUGCUGUCGACCUGGGCCUCCAGGUCCUCCUGGCGCGCCAGGAAAACCGGGUAGACCCGGAAGACCGGGUGCACCUGGCCUGCCAGGGGUCCCAGGCUUACCGCCACCAGACAGCAGCUGCGAGCCUGUCUCCAUACCUCCAUGUCAAGAAUGUCCAAUAGGGCCACCUGGCCCGCCAGGAAAGCCGGGUGUGCCUGGAGAUCCAGGAGAAGAUGGACAACCAGGACCUCCUGGUCAAGAUGGCAAUCCAGGCCAACCAGGACCGAAAGGCCCUGCAGGACCGCCUGGAUUACCUGGAAAACCUGGUGAGAAGGGAGAAAUGGGAGAUGAUGCUCAAUGCGAACCGGUCACCGCUGGUGAGCAAGGACCACCUGGAGAACCGGGACUGGAAGGACUGCCUGGUAGUGCUGGUUUGCAAGGACCUCCUGGAACACCCGGCAAGCAAGGUGAAAAAGGACCAAGCGGAACUGAUGGUCAACCAGGACUCGAUGGCAGCCCAGGACGUCCUGGGCCACCUGGACCACCAGGACGUCCAGGCGAACCAGGAAUUUGUCCCAAGUAUUGCGCUAUCGACGGUGGUAUCUUCUUCGAAGAUGGAACUCGUCGUUAG